GCAAAGAACCAAAAAGAAAAUGUGCCCAGGAAUGGCCCUGGAAACGUGAUACAGACCACAUGCUCCUCCGCCUCCUCCAGCCAGCUGCCACGUUCAAAAUAGAAAGUGCUGUAAGAUGAAACAAACCGCCGCCCCAAAGCCACCAAAGUAGCAGAAUGAGCGAAUCGGAACCCAAUAGCCUGGAGUUCAUAGAGGACCCAUACCUACCGGGCAUCGAUGAUCUCACUAGCACGCCGUCGCUGGAUCUGGAGGCCAUCGAUCCUGCCCUCGAUUGGUACGGAGAUGGUAUCCAGGAGAGCGAGGCGGAGCUGUAUCUGCGUAAUCUGACUCUCGAUCAGAUCUUCUACGAUGUGGACUCGGACUAUGCCAACACCCUGGAGCUGCAGGCGGUGGAGGCCGAGUUCAUUGGAGCCAAAUUGGCCAACCAGGCACCCUCCUCUUCCCUGGCGAAGCGCUUCCGCUUGAAGUUCUUAACCAAGAGAACGAUGCGCGACGUUAAGGUCACGUUCAUAGACUUCUCCAAGCCGUAUCUGGCCAAGAUAUCGAACAGCGACAACUACAAGAGAUUUCUCAACAUCGGUCAUAGCGGUAGAGAUAAUACAGCCAACCUGUCGGAGCCAGCAUCUCCAGCAGCUUCUGUGGCAUCUGCAGAAAUUGCCGCCGAGUUUGCUGCCCUCACCGUCGAGGAGAAGGAGCAGCGUCGCGCCGAGUGGAGUCAGGAACUGGCCCGCGUGGAGGAGGAGAUCAAUACGCUGCGCACUGUACUCGCAUCCAAGACGCGACACGCCUCCGACCUUAAGCGCAAGCUGGGCAUCACCGUCUGGAAGGAGGUCACGGACGACGUCAACCAGGGCCUGAGGAACAUCAAAGAGAGCACUGUUUUCCAAUCGGUGGAGCAGAGCGUGGGCAAUUUUUCUAAGGCCGUGCACGAAGCACCCCUAUACCAACGAACCGAGUCGGUGCUGAAGUCCACGGGCGAGAAGACCGCCUCGGUCUUUGGCAGCAUCACCAGCGGCAUUUCCUCGAAACUGUCGCAAAUGAAAAACUCCGAGUCGAUGCGUUCUAUUGAGGCUUCUGUGGGCUCGGCCUACGAGAACGUUAAAGUAAGCUAUGAACACAACAAUUUUAUGUGCCAAUCUCAUGCGACCAAGGUGACGUCCCGAUCGGGUUCGGUAUCCAGUUUCCCAGACGCCCUCGACGAGAACAACACAUCCUCGGGCCUGAACUCACCCACAGACUCACUCACCAAGUAGAUAUAUCGAGUAGAUCGGAGGCAGCGCUCGGCGAAUCAAAAUCAUAAUAAUAAUGAGGAUACAAUUUAUGCUACACACAAGAACACACAACAACACCCAAAUCCACACAAAACACUCUAAUAACUUAUUUAACUAAUGCGAACUGUCGUGUCUGCGCACUAACACCAGGAUCAGAAUUUAAUUAUUAGCUAAAGAUCAUAUGUGCGUGUGUAACUGUACGAUAUAUAUAUAUACACCUAUGUAACUGAAA